CAUGGGACCCACCGCCCUCCACGUCGUCAUCGCCGUCGCGGCCCUCCUCCUCGCCGCCGCCGCCUCCGCCGCGUCGUCCCAGGAGCCUCCGGCGACGCCGUGCGCGGCGGCCAUCGUGGCCUUCUCGCCGUGCCUGGCGCACGUCGCGGUGGUGGCGCCGCCCGCCGUGGCCGCGCCCGCGCCCACCGGCGCCUGCUGCGCGGCGUUCCUGCGCGCCGUCUCGGCCGGGGACGGCGAAGGCGGCGGCGGGGAGGGAUGCUUCUGCCACCUCGUCCGCGACCCGCUCCUCUUCGGCUUCCCCGUCGACGUCGGGCGCCUCGGCGCGCUCCUCCCCACCUGCGCCUCCGCCAACGCCUCCGCAGCCACCACCGUCGAGGCCGAGGCCCUCUUCGCCGACAAGUGCCGAGAGCUCAAGUCACUGCCUGAGAUGCAUUUGUCACCUCCAUCACCACCUCCUGCGCCAAAACUUUCUCCAGCUGCCGUCCCAGGACCAGCGUCGUCCCCGAAGGUGGAGGCGGCGCAAUCGACGACGUCCACGCCACGUGAUCGGUCAGGAUCGGAUGGCUUGUGUGCCUUCCGGGUUUCGCUCAUGGCGUUGGUCUUCACAGCAGCAGUCUUGAUCAUGUUGCAGCUCUGGUAGACGCUUGCCCUCGCUCUCGACACACAUACUUGUGCCUGCUCCGUGUUUCUUGAUCGGCUCCUAAUGUUGGCUAUGGUGAAGUGUCAUGUGAUGCCGCGUGGCAGGCUUAUAAUCUCUGAAAACUCGUCCUUACUACUGGUGCAGUUUUUCGUAUGCGUAGUCUGACAGUACAGGUAACUGCUGAUUGGUGACAUUCAUGUACCGUUGCAAACAUGGUAGGAACACGUACAAUGCAGUUUUACACCCUAUCCUUUCCGAGACACAAAA